CGGAUUUCUGAAACUAUCUAUGUACCGAUACUGAACAUUAUCUACAUUUUUGGGUGAAAAAAAUUGACAUUUUGUGAGAAAUCAUCUUCAAUGAACAUCGUGCUGGGUUGAAUGAUAUUAACCAAAAGGUUAUAGCUAUUUUUAUAUCAUUAAUCUCUCUACGAAGGUUUCAAAAAAUAUGUUCAUUGAAAAGCUGAAUGCGGAAGUUCUAUAACGACUAAUAGAAUGGAAUAGAUUUCAACAAAGACAUAAAUAAUUUAAAUGGUUGUUCAUGUACAUGUAGUUCAGACUUCAUUGACGUUAUAGCAUGGGCUGCAUAGACGGGGAAUAAAUAGAGAUUAGUUUGUUCAACCGGGGAACAUGGCUUCAAUUUCAAAUGGAGUUGAAGAUUUGUCACAACUUGAGAGACUUGAUGAAGACACCAUUCAAAAUGUUCUGAGGGACAGAUAUGCUAAAGACGAAAUAUAUACAAAUUGUGGAGAAAUAUUGAUAGCAGUCAAUCCAUACAAGAAAUUAGGAAUAUUUGAUUUUAAUAAACAUGAACAGUAUGAUUGGAAAAAGUUUGAAGCUAGCGCACCACCUCACAUAUUUAAUGUGGCUGCUCGGGCUUACCAAAGGAUGCGUGAAACAGAGACUAAUCAGGUCAUAUUGGUUAGUGGUGAGUCAGGAGCUGGAAAAACCGAAAGUACCAAACUCAUGGUCAAACAUUUUGUUCAUAUGUGUCCACACGGAAAUGACGAUCUACACGACAAAGUUGUGAAGGUGAAUCCCCUGCUUGAAGCAUUUGGUAAUGCACAGACAAUUAUGAAUGAAAAUUCCAGUAGAUUUGCAAAGUUCUUGGAGCUAAGUUUUGAGGAAAAUGGACAAGUGCUUGGAGCUGUUGUUCGUGACUACAUGCUAGAGAAAUCCAGAGUGGUAAAUUAUAGUUAUGAUGAAGGGAACUUCCAUAUUUUCUAUUCCUUGUUUGCUGGCGCCACUCGACAACAAUUGGAAGAACUAAGUCUGAAAGAAGCCAAAGAUUACAAAAUAUUGAAGAAUGGUAGUCCUGAAUUAUUGAACAAAACUACAGAGUACAGUCAGAUGUACACAGACCAGAUGAGUGUAUUACACCAAAUUGGCUUUGAUGAAGAGGACAUGGGUAUUCUACACUGCAUGCUAGGUGCUAUUAUUCAUAUAACUGAGGUGAAGUUUAGAGAGGCAGAGAAACACAAUGAAGCUUUAGAAAUUGUUAACCUUGAUCAUGUUAAUACAGCUGCAAAGUUGUUGAAUGUGAAUCCAUUGGACCUUGGUGUAGCACUAAUAAAGACAAAGACAGAUUAUGGAGGUGAAGAAAUCCAUGUCCUAAAAAGUUUGAACCAGGCAAAUGAUGGACGGGAUGCCCUUGCAAAAGCUAUUUAUGAGAGGCUGUUUGGCUGGGUGAUCAGGACAAUUAAUGAUGACCUCAAUCCAUCCAAGCAAAGGAGUAGAAUUGCUGCAAGUAUUGGAGUUUUGGACAUAGCAGGAUUUGAAAAUCUACAUGUCAACAGUUUUGAACAAUUGUGUAUCAACUUUGUUAACGAGAGAUUACAGAACUUCAUGAAUGAGAGUGUAUUUAGGACUGAGAAGGCUAUUUAUAAAGAAGAUGGCAUUCCAUGCCAAGAUGUAGAUUUUAAGAACAACAAAGACAUAAUUGAAGUUUUUACAAAGAAACCAAUUGGUAUCUUGUCACUGCUGGAUGAAGAAACAAAACUACAGCAAGGUUCCGAGGAAAAGUUUGUACAAAAAGUCACCAGUAAUCACUCCGAUUCAGGAAUCAUUAUGAAGAGCACUACCAAUGAUCCUGUGUUUGGUAUUAAUCAUUUUGCUGGAAAGGUUUUAUACAGAUGUGAAGGUUUCUUAGAGAAAAACAAAGAUACAUUGAACGAUGAUUUGUUUGAUUGUAUGAAGGACAGUGAAAAUCCAUUUAUAAAGGACUUGUUCACAGUCGCAAAGGGACCUACUGGAACUAUUUCUGAAACCCAGUUCCUUUUAAGACAGUCUAGAAGAACAACUACCGCUCUCCAUAAAUCAAAAAAAGCUUCUACACCUAGGUCUGAUGAUGUGAAGAAACUUAGUAAAGAACUUGGAAGAUCUUUGAAGAGAUAUGGUGUGUCAACAGGAAUGAUGCCGAGUUAUAGUGCAAAGAAACACAACACUGUUAUUUCAUAUUUUAGGGCUUCCAUGGACAAACUAUUAGAGAAAAUGAGGCAAGCAGAAGCUCAUUUUGUUAGGUGUAUAAAACCAAACAACAUGAAACAGAAAGAAAAUUUCAAUGCCACUCGAGUGAAGGAACAACUGUUGUAUAAUGGGAUAACUGAGGUAGCCAAGAUCAGAAAGCAAGGUUAUCCUGUCAGGAAGUUGCACGCUGAUUUCUACAAACGGUAUUGUGCACUUCACCCAGACUUUCCCAGGAAGACAGCAGACGAUGGUCAAGGUACAAAGUCUCUGGUUGAAAAGAUUUUACCAGAUAGAUUUAAAACAGAAUACAGAAUUGGAAAACAUAGGAUAUUUAUGAAAGAGUCACCCUAUAUGUUUUUAGAGAAAUUCCUCUACAUCAGAGAACAAUCAGCCAGGAGAUCUAUGGCAACAUGUAUCUUUAAAAUGUGGUCCGAAAAGAAAGCUGCUGAAGAAUUAAAGGCAGUACAACGUAGAAAAAAAGUAGCACAACUACAAAGUGAUAUGGAAAAAGAAGCUGCAGAAAAGGAAAUACAAGAAAGACGACAAGCUGAAACAAAAAGGGACAUUUCUGCUUCAAUUGGUUCAACAACAAGUACUAGACUUGGAGCAUCCAUAGGAUCAACAAUAAGUUCUACACAAGGAUCUUCUAGCUCAGAUACUUCAUCUUCUGGACGUGUUCAAUUUGCUAGUUUGUCUCGUACGAGAAAACCUGACGGAGGAACAAAGUCUAUUCCAAGUCCAUCAGAUUAUAGUGAAUCACAUGGGACUGAACUUGGGAUCAAUGAACAAACUGGUAUCAAACAACCUUGGAGUGGAGCAGGACCAUCACCCAAAGGAAAGGCCCCCCCUCCACCCAAAAGGAGUCCACCCCCUAGAAAGAAACAUCCCCCAGAAACAGAAAAGAAGAAAGAGUCAAAAGCAUUUUGGGAUAUAUUUGCUAACAUUCCCAGAGAGAAGAAGUCAAAAGAUGUCCAUGAGCGAGGGAGCUUACGUUUCAUCAAAGUGAUCACAUAUGGUUUACUAUUCCUUGUGAUGUUUGCAUCCCUGGUCUUUCAGAAAAUUAGUCUUAUGUUACUUGCUAAACGCCAGGAAAAGGAAUUAAUUGUAAAUAAAGGAGACUCUGCAGCUACUCCCCAGGAAAGAAAGGAUAAGUUUAAAGAAAAAGAAGAGGUAUAUAACAGUGCCAGAUAUUUGUUGCUGCUGUUAGCUGUGUGUAUACCCUAUGUACUGACAUUUGUAUUCAGUGUCUUGAAGACGUUGUUUGGAAAUCUUGCUGUUCCAAGCAAGAGCACUAUCAUUAUGGUUACGUUCAUGGAAUGUGCUCACUCUGUAGGACUGAGUUAUCUGGUCUUCAAAUAUUUAGGAGAAAUGCAUUCAGCUCGUGGGAUCAUGGUUAUGAGUGCAACUUGCAUUUUGCCUAGCAUUCUAAAACCUUUUUUUGCCAAAGAUGAUUCAACCCCUAGAGCAAGUUUCAGAAUUUUCAAGAGAAUCCUAGGAUUUGCCGCCGAUUUAAUGGCAAUUAUUGCACAGAUAUCUGUUAUACCUGUCGUCAUCAACAAUGGCUUUCUUUUAGAAAGAGCGGAACCAUCUAAAGAAUGGGAGACAGUACUUGAAGUUGUAUUUUGUUUGCUUCUUUGUUCAUUUUCAUGGUGGGAAAAUUUUAUGGAUGAUCGAGCAUUUGGUUCCAGUCGUAGUUUCCUACAGCAAUUUGUACUUAAGAUAAAAUUUGAUUUACAAGAAAGUCGACCAAUUGUUACAACUGUUACAUCAUUAUUUAAAAUAGGGAUUACCAUAGCAAUGGCAUAUGUUUUACGUGAUGGAAUAAAUAUGGAUGUAUCCGCUGCCAUGUCCACCCUCACUGAUGACAGAUAUGAGAAUGUUUUACCAGAAAAAUGGUAUGAGCAUUACAACUACAUUAAAGAUUACACAUCUAUAAUAUGUAUAACAAUUGGAUCAUAUCUGGCUUACUACGUUUCUUACACAAUAUGUAAACUCCGGAUGCAAGUAGUGUCAUUUUCAAUGGCAGCCUUAUUGUCCACUCCAGUUGCUGUAGGAAUCGUAGUUCUCGACUGUGAAUAUCAAAUCUUAGAACCCUUCACAAAGGAACAGUUAUAUUGUUAUCAUGCUCAAGCUACAGAUUCAUAUGAUGAUUCACACUGGUACCAUUUCUUACUGGGGUUACUUUGGUUGAUUUCAGCCUACUGGAUAGCAAAAUAUAUCUGGUUCUCUAAGCAAGAAAGAUUGGCAAAGAUUGAUAGAUUGUUUAUAAAUCCACUGUACUGCAGUGUUUUAUUAGAACAACAUUUACUUAUGAACAGAAGACGACACAACAAAAGGAUUAGAAGAGAGUUUGAAGGGGAAAAGGAAUCUUACAGGUUAAGCAAUGAUGAUUCAAAGCAUGCAGCAGGCACUGAUAGGUCAAAAAUGAAGAAGAUACCUCCAAUGAUAUAUGCUUGUGCCACAAUGUGGCAUGAAAACAGAUUAGAAAUGGUGCAAAUAUUGAAAUCUUUGUAUAGAGUUGAUAUGGACCAGUUUAUAAGAAAACAGGCUGUUGAUUUGUUCAGAGAACAGAACCCAGAUGAAGAACCAGAUCCAGAAGACUUUGAAUAUUAUGAAUUUCAAGCACAUAUUCUGUUUGAUGAUGCAUUUGAAUUUGAUGAUGAUGAAGAUAGAGUGCCCAACUCCUUUGUGAAGCUGUUUAUGGAGGUGAUGCAAGAAGCUGCAAAUGCCAUCCAUCAUAAGGAAAUCAAACUGGCUACUCCUAUGAAGAUCCCAUCCCCAUAUGGUGCACAGCUUGUUUUUGAUCUUCCGGGGGAAAAUAUGAUGUAUGUCCAUCUCAAAGACAAGAACAAAAUACGACACAGGAAAAGGUGGUCACAGGUGAUGUAUAUGUACUAUUUGCUGGGAUAUCGUAUUAUUAAAGAGUGUCAAGAGAGGGUACUUGGUGCCUUAGCAGAUGAUAAAAUCAGUGAAUUAGCCACAUGGGAUUACGAUAAUGCCCCUGGCAGAGUUGGCAAGAGUCAGAUCUUCAAUAUAUUAGAUGAUGAAGUGUUGUAUAGGGCAGAGAAUACCUUUAUCCUUGCCUUAGAUGGAGAUGUUGAUUUUACACCUAAAGCUGUCAGACUACUGGUGGAUAGAAUGCAAAAAAAUGAAGAGUUAGGUGCUGCAUGUGGACGUAUUCAUCCAAUAGGCAAAGGCCCCAUGGUAUGGUACCAAAAAUUUGAGUAUGCUGUUGCUCAUUGGUUACAGAAAUCAACAGAGCAUGUCCUAGGCUGUGUGCUGUGUAGUCCUGGGUGCUUUAGUUUGUUUCGAGGUUCUGCUCUGAUGGAUGAUAAUAUCAUGAGAAAGUAUACCAUUAAACCAACAGAGGCAUCACAUCAUCUCAUGUACGAUCAAGGUGAAGACAGGUGGCUUUGUACUUUACUUUUACAACAGGGAUACAGAGUAGAUUAUGCUGCUGCUUCAGAUGCCUACACCUAUGCUCCAGAAGGAUUUGGUGAAUUCUUUAACCAACGUAGACGCUGGAUGCCUUCAACCAUUGCUAAUAUUAUGGACUUACUGGCUGAUGCAAGUAAUACAGUUUCUAUAAAUAACAACAUCAGCUGGCUAUACAUGUUUUAUCAAGGUGCAUUAAUGGUGUCAACUUUAAUUGGACCUUCCACAGUCAUAAUGAUGAUAGCUGGGUCCUAUUUGACUGUGUUUAGAUUGGACCUUCUGGCAUCCUAUGCCAUAGCCCUUACACCAGCAUUCAUUUACACCAUACUUUGCUUCACAGUAAAACCCAAAUACCAGAUCAUGGUGGCAGAAAUCUUAAGUGCGGUCUAUUCCUUUAUAAUGAUGGUUGUAUUUGUUGGGUGUAUAAUUACAGCUGUCAGAGAAAGUCCGUUUCAUCCUAGUGUUAUCUUCUUAUGCGCAAUGGUUUUCAUUUUCUUGUUUGCUGCUGUUCUACAUCCUUGGGAAUUCAGCUGUAUCAUAUACGGAGUUCUCUACUUUCUGUGUGUGCCCAGUGGAUUUUUACUUCUUGUCAUUUACUCGCUGGUUAACAUGAAUAUAGUUUCCUGGGGAACCAGAGAAGUUCCAAAGAAGAAAACAAAGGCAGAGAUAGAGGAAGAAGAGAAAAAAAGGAAAGAAAAAGAGGAAAAAAAGAAACAGGGGUGGUUCAGUCGUUUCAUGCCAAAGUUUCAGUUACAAGAUCUAAAGGGUUUGAUGGACAUUACCAAAAAGGAAGACAAAAGUGUAGUUCUUUUAGAACAGAUGAACAAAAAUAUGGAAAUGUUUAUGAAGUUACAAGGUAAAAGUGGAGCUGUACUAGAAGAAGUCAAAGUGGAUGAAAUAAAGCCUCCAAAAAAAAGAAAAUCUGUCACAUUUGCUGGAAGUAUGUCAGAUAGUGACUCAGAUGAAGAGGAAGAAAAACGGACAAAAGAAGAAGAAUAUAUUUAUCAGAAAGAGAAGAAAAAGAGAAAUGACCUCAAAAAUCCCAAAUGGUUAGAGCUUAAAGAAUUUCAAUUUGGACACACAAUGCAGAUGAAUGAAGAAGAAGUAGAUUUCUGGCAAAAUUUUAUCAAAAAAUACCUAGAGCCACUGGAUGCUAACAAAGAUGAACAGAAGAAAAUUGCAAAGGAACUUGCUGAACUACGGAACAAUGUUGCAGCUGGGUUUGCCUUUAUUAACCUAAUUUGGGUAGCCAUCAACUUCAUGUUCCAGUUGAGAAAGCCUGCAGUUAUAACCUUUCCUUCAGUUACCAAUGCAGAGAAUGUUGAUGAAGACAACAUAAAGAUUGAUGCUCUUGGAUUAAUGUUUGUAGUAUACUUUGUUGUAAUACUUCUGAUCCAGUUCAUUGGAAUGCUAGUGCAUAGAUGGGGCACAUUCAUGCAUCUUAUUGCCAUUACAGAAAUUCCAAAUCCAUGUAAAAAAGAUAUUGAUGAACAAGUUCGUGACAGUAAAGAUAAACAAAGAAAUGCAAGAGAUAUGAUUCGUCUUUGUGAAGAAAUUGUCGGUGAGCCAAUGCCUGAUUAUCCAAGUGAUGAGGAAGAAGAAGAUUCACGUGAUAGAGCAAGAGAAGAAUUGUUGAGGAAGAAAAUAGAAAAUAAUGCAACACAAGGUGUUUCAGAGAAUCUUCGAGAAAGUCAAAGAAAUCCUGGCAUUGGAAGGUCUCUGAGAAACACCAGAGCAGGAAAUCUAGGUAGCACCCGAACACGUCUCGGAGAAACUGUUAGAGAUGGUAACUUCAAAAGAAUGGCUAAGACAAUAUUAGCCCGCACACAAAGAGAAGUUUUCAAUAAUAGUGAAGAAUCUGGAUUUAAACCUAACAAUUUACGCCAAAGGGGUAAAACUAAUCAAGAUCCCUCCAGGAUGAAUAGUGAGCCUGUGAGGAAAUUUGGUCACAAUACACCAGUGUUUACUGACUUCAUGGAAAAAGUAAACGAACGUCAACUUAACACAUUGGUAGAAGGGGCUGAAAGGAAUGGUGGAAAUUUAGGAGGUUUACGUUCCACUUACAAUCCAAGAAAUGCUGGUAUAGAAGAUGAAGAGUCAAUAUAUGAUGAAAUUCCAGGAGCUGGUACACUAGGUCGUGCUUUCCAAAAGAAAAUACAUAAAAUGGCAAAAACUGGUGUGAGGCCAUCUGAUAGAAAUGGUCCUUUGCAGUAUUCUAAUAACAUAGAAAUGCAUCAUCGAGAUAUAGAAAGAGGAAACAGGUUAUGAUUCGACAACAAACUAAUUGAAAUUUAUUGAAAAAAGGAGGAACAUUUAAAGAUGGCAUUCAGGGGAAAAGGACAUUGAUGUCUGUGAUAUUUAUCUUUUUGUAUUUAUACAUAUAUUGUAAUUAUAUAUCUAUUUGAAAUAUUACUGGUACAAACUGUUUUCAUGAUUAAGAAUGUGAAUUGAAUACCUUUGUUUCUACUGUUUGUUUCUGAUGUAAAAUGCAUGUGAUUUUAUAUGGUAUUUGUUUUUAUAGAUAAGUUUUUUUAUGUGUUUUAUAUUAUAUUUACCAUGCUUUACCUUGAAAAGUGUUUAACAAAAUGUUUUACAUUUGUUAAGAUUUUUACAACUGCUAAUGAAAAAUUACUGUGAAGUUUUGAUUUCCUAUGCAAAAUUCAUUGAAGUUUCAUGUGGAAUUUCUACAGCUUACAGUCUUCUAUAGCUACUAAUACUAACACCUAAAUAACAGAAUUGAAAAUAAAUCAUGUAAAUUUAAGUAAUCUUUGCAGUGAUGAUUAUAUCAUGGGCAAAAUUCUGCUCUUAAAAAAGUAUUAAUGAUGUAAUAUUGUAUAAUAACUGCAUGUACAUUAAGGCAUUAGUGAUUUGUUUACUUAAUAAUGUCUCUGAUCACAAAAAAAUCAAUCUUCAGAAAACUAAUUAUUCAUAUACAUUAUAGUUUACUAACAAAGAAAACACAAAACAAUGAUAUUCACAUUGAAAUCUUGUUGUAAAUUUUAAGAUUUGAAUAGAAGAAAACUUUAUACCCAAUUCAUUCCAAGGCAAGUCAAGUAAUGUGUUUGUUUAUAUAGUCUGUGUCAGAUUGAAUGAUGUCAUGUUUUAUUUAUGUCUUGUAUUAGUUGUCAGAAUAUUACGAUAAGAAAUCAGUGAGGGGAACAACAAGUGAAAAUUUAUCAGUAUACAUAAUGAAACAUUGAAUAUUUGUGAAAUAUAAAGCAUGGGAUAAAGUAGAUAUGGCACUUAAUUGUGAAAAGCUUCAUUUCAAGCUUGUCUUGAUUCAAAACAUGCACAGGUACCCUGCAGUUUUUGUGUGCAUAUUUGGGUGUGUCCAUCAGCUUUGCAAGAAAUUAAAAUUGCAUAGGUCAUUGUCAAUAACUUUGACUUGAUCUAUAACAACUUUUGUCUUGACUUCUAUUUCAGUAUCACAUAUAGUUGCUCUAUCUUUAGUUAUCCUUUUUCUGUAUGCAAUAUGGAUUGUUUGGAAAAUUUAACAAUUUGUUGUUGAGAAGAUUGAGAAGUGUGUAGUACAAAUUGGAAUACAAGAUUAUUUUUUGGAAUUUUGAGAUGUAAGAAAACAUACAAUAUAAAAAAAAUAUCCUAAUUCAAAUUUUCUCUUUUAUAAAGACAUGUGAAAAAAAUUAUAUUAAAAUUUUUAGCUAUUAAAGCAUGUAAGCGGAAUAGAUAAUGAAAAGAGAUUUUAGGAUAUUAUUGGUAGCUCAUGGAAAUGUAAUGCAUACUCUUAACAUAAUCUGAGCAUGAACAGAAAUAUAUUUAUAUAGAUUCCACCACUGCAUCAAGUGUGAUACAAUGUGUUUCCUCUCAAAAAGCUUAAAUUUCUAAAUUUAAACUUUUGAGGCUUGUGACGUUGUCAUUUUGGAUAAAUUUAUUCUAGACAUCCUGAACAAUCUCUGUGGAGAUACAUUACAUUUACUCUAUGCCAAUAUGAUCUCAAUGGUCUAAAGGGACCAAAUUUGAUUCUGCAUUCAAUGAUGACUAUUUUAUAUGAUUAUUAAACUAAUUAAAUCAGUAUUGUGCAAAGUUAAAAGGUGAGUUUACAUUAUUCAUGCUACCGGUACUUGAUCUGCUUGUUUAUAUAGAAAACAUUAUAACAUUUAUACUAUUUAUUAGCAUUGUUAAUGUGUAAAAGCUUAUAUAAAGCUACAGUUAGUUAUUUGGGAAAGGUUGAACACAAUAUUAUAUUUGUAAAAUGUGUCAUAUUUUGAUAUACAAUAUAUAAUCAUUUUUACAUAUCAUUUAUAUUCGCAUGGAAAUGGUUUUGUUAAUGUUUUGUCUUCAAUAAAAUCUGUUGUUUUCAAA